AUGAAAGAGGUCGCAGCUUUUUGGGACGACCGUGGAGGAGUACUGUGUGGCUCACGAGCUCUUGUGCAGAACGUUCAGUCGUUGCUGCAGGCUGUACAUGUCGUGACACUCGAGCAUCUUGCAGUAUAUGUGGGUCAAAGUGGUGGAAGCUAG